AUGGCUUUUCUUUUCAAAUCCAAGAAGAAUCAGGACCGAGCCCUUGCAAGCCGCGAUGGAAACUCUGGUGGCUCGCAGGGUUCAAUCCAGAGCCAGCGAGAGAGAAUCGCGAGGGAAGAGAAGAACAGCACUCAACGCUCGACACCGACGGGCAGCUUGAACUCAAUCGAUCGCGAUGGGAGUGCCGGUGCUGGGAGCCCCGACCAAGGCUACACCCGCCAGCGAGGACCCAGCGUAGACCAAAUACCGACACAAGGGCCUUCAAAUGAUUUGCCUCUUCGCAACGCUCCCCCCGUAUCCUCACAAAACCAGAUGCCUCCCCAACAACAAAUGAUGAACCCUAAUGCGUCGCUAUACCCCUGGUCGCAACGACGAUUGACAUAUACAUCAUCACACCCGAGCCCCUUUCCCCGCUAUGGAGCUGCCGUCAAUUCGGUGUCGUCCAAGGAGGGCGAUAUCUACGUGAUGGGAGGCUUGAUCAAUAGCUCCACAGUGAAGGGCGACUUGUGGAUGAUCGAGGCUGGACAGAACAUGGCCUGCUAUCCUCUGGCGACGACAGCCGAAGGACCGGGCCCGAGAGUUGGGCACGCAAGUUUGCUCGUUGGUAAUGCCUUCAUCGUCUACGGUGGUGACACCAAAGUUGAUGAGAUGGACGUCCUGGACGAGACGCUCUACCUUCUCAACACCUCUACGAGACAGUGGUCGAGAGCGUUACCCGCUGGUACUAGGCCUUCCGGUCGCUACGGCCACUCCCUUAACAUACUCGGAUCCAAGAUUUACAUCUUUGGCGGUCAGAUUGAGGGUUACUUCAUGAACGAUCUCGCUGCCUUUGACCUUAAUCAGCUCCAAAUGCCCAACAACCGGUGGGAGAUGUUGAUCCAGAACACCGACAGUGGCGGACCGGCCGUCGGCAAGAUCCCAGCCGCCCGAACCAACCACUCUGUGGUUACUUACAAUGAUAAGAUGUACCUUUUCGGUGGUACAAACGGUUACCAAUGGUUCAACGACGUUUGGAGCUAUGAUCCCGCCACGAACGAAUGGACGCAACAUGACUGCAUUGGCUAUAUUCCAGUCCCUCGCGAGGGUCACGCUGCAUCGAUCGUCGACGACGUAAUGUACAUUUUCGGUGGACGUACGGAAGAGGGUGUCGACCUCGGAGAUCUUGCCGCCUUUAGAAUCACCUCGCGCCGAUGGUACACCUUCCAGAAUAUGGGCCCGUCGCCCUCUCCUCGCUCCGGCCACAGCAUGACAACAGUCGGCAAGGCCGUGGUUGUCGUUGGAGGUGAACCUUCUUCGUCUCCCGCCAGCGUUGGCGAUCUCGGAAUAGUCUAUAUGCUCGAUACCACAAAGAUUCGAUACCCGAACGAUGCUGCGGCAGCACAACAGCCUAGCGGACCGCAGGCAAACGGACAGCAGCGCCCACAGCAGGCGAGACGGCCCAGUGCUGCCGCUGAGACAAGGAACAUAUUACCGCGAGACGGUUCCCAGGGUCCCCCCGAUCAAAAGCGACUGGUUGGAGUCCCCGGUGCACCUCGCGAUGCACCUCGCGAUGCCUCAGCCGUCAAUAGCCCUCCCAACGUGGUGCGAGGAUCCCCCAACGGGACAGACGGGAACCCGGCGGCAGUUAACAACAUGUCGAAGCUCCCCAGAUCUGCAGCGACUUCGCCUCCCGCUGGGCCACCGCCUCAAGGGCCAACGCCAGCAAAGCCUUCGGUUCAGACUGGAAAUCUGGGAAGAGUCAGGGGACAGUCGUCGGAGAGAGAUGGGUCCGUUGGUGGCUCACCACAGAUUGCCGCAGGCCAGUCUCCCGUCAUUCGCGAGGUGAAAGAGCCAGCGUCCAAGGACGCAGAGAGCCCGGUCACGAACGGCCGACGGACUCCUCAGCAGAUCUUGAGAUCUGGCUCAAAGUCCGAAUCUGCUCCUUCCGAGCCUUACAAAACCAGGUCUAGGCAAGGCAGCAGGUCUCAAACCUCCGUGGAUAGUACGACCGAGCCAGCUUUGAAGGCAAUGCAGAUUCAACAACAAUCUCAAGUUCAGCCGCCGCCUCAGACGCAAGCUCAACCGCCAGCUCCAGUGCAACCGCCAGCCCAGGCGCAACCGCCGCCGCCGCCAACCCAACAGCAGUCACCAAUACAAGUGCAGCAACCAAUACGGCCGGCCUCGCCACCGCCUCCCACUCGUCAGCCCAGUAAUCCGUUGUCUCGACGAUCCUCGGGCCGCAACUCACAGACUGUCGCUUUACUGAAGGAAUUGGACACAGCUAGAAACCGCAACGCCUGGUACGCGUCAGAACUCGAGUUGGCUCGCAAGGCAGGAUAUGUUCCCAACGCAAGCCUCAGCCCUGUUCUUGACAGCAGAGCUGCAGAGACCUUUGAUGAUGAAGACAAACCUCUCAUAGAGGCGUUAUUGGCGAUGAGAACCGAGCUCGCUAACGUUCAGGCAUCUGUUGAUAAGCAAGCCAUUCUUGCUGCGAAACAAAUCGCCGAAGCGGAAAAGCAGCGAGACGCUGCAAUUCAAGAAGCGGUAUAUGCGAAGGCAAGAGUCGCAGCCCAGAUGGGCGGCAGUGUUGCAAGUACUCCCCAGCUGGACGGCGAACGCGAUGUAGACGACCGUUCCACCGAGAUCAGCCGCAAGCUGGCGUCCGCCCUCAACUAUCAAAAGGACCUCCAAGCCCAACUUGAAAUGAUGAAAUCCGAGCUCGAGGCUGAGAAACGCGCCCGCCUGCUGGCUGACGACACCACCAAUGCCUCGCAGAAGCGCAUGAGCGAACUUGAGUCUUACAAGACGAUGACUUCUACAGAAUUAGAGCAGCUCAAGGCCGAGUUGCACUUGGUGCAGAAAGAAGCUAGGGAGCAGGCGGUUCAAUACACAGAAGCCAUGGCAGCUGUUCAGCUCAUGACUGUCGAGAAAGAAGACUUUGAGAACAAGUACAACGAAUCCAUCGGCAAUUCCAAGGAGCAAAACGACACCUUCGACUCUCUCCGCACCGCCAUGGCUGCUUCUGCGGAGAUGAAGGCGCUCUUGGAGGGCAAGUUGGAGGAGGAGCGAUCGCAGAGGGAGCAAAUUGAGUCGAAGUUCAAUAAGCUUAGGACGGAACACGAAGCACGCACCACGGAGCUUGUAGCUGCCACUCAGCGACUGCGUGACGCCGAAGAGAUGGCCGAGAAGCACGCCAAGGAAGCGAAACUCCACCAGCAAGCUGUUCUGGCCGGGUUCGAUAAGGUCACUGCAAGAGACAUCGGGGCCGACGGGAAGGCUGACGACGGGCGUGCCAAGGCACUGCAGAGCCAGCUUGUUGCUGCGAACGCCCUUGUCAAGAAGUACCAACAAGAGGCCGAUGCUGCGGCUGAUAAGCUUCGCACUGCUGAAGAGCGCAUCGCUGGGUUGGAGGUGUACCAGGAGCAGUCCAGUCGCGAGGGUGUGGCAAUCAGAAGACAGCUUCAGGCGGCUCUGAGGGACACCCAGUCUCUGCAAGCUAAGAAUUCGGAUCUGAAGCACCAACUUCAGAACCAACAGCUGGAGACCAACGCGAUGACCGUGCAACACAAUACCCUGAAGGACAUUCUUGUUGAGCGUGGCAUCAGCCCCACAGGCAUGUCGCGAACCCGGAGCAUUGGAAGCCCGCGAGUGAACACUCCGGAGCAGGUUCGCAUUCGUGAUCUCGAGGAUCAGCUCAAUGCUGCGUUGACCGCCCACGAAGAGAAUGCACAGCGCAGCACGGCCCAGCAGGAAGCAAGCGAAGCUGCCUACCGCGAAAAGCUCAGUCAGCUAGAAAACGACUAUCAGUCUGCUGUGCACUAUGUCAAGGGUACGGAGAAGAUGCUGAAACAACUCAAGGAGCAGCUCGCCAGGUACAAGACGGAGAACGCCAAGCUCAAGAACGAGGUUAUCGAGCUUGAGGACCGUGUGGAGGCAUCCGCCGGCAACAACGGGAAUAUCCCUGCCAACUGGGAAAGCGAACGCCAUAUUCUACAGGAGAAGAUCGAGGCUCUCGAAGAGGAUCUGCAGGUGUCCACAGAGCAGCUUGAAUCUCAGCUCAACGCGGUCAGAAAGGAGUUGGAGGAUAGCAAGAAGCAACGCGAGGGCGCUCUCAACGACGCUGAAGAAGCUUCCCGGAAACUCGCCGCCAACCGCCGAGACUUGGAGAGCCUUCAGCAGGAGAACCUCCUCCUUGAGCGUCGCGCCCAGGAUGCCGAAGGAAAGGUCUCGCUUCUCCUGGACCAGGUUGAGAACUCCGUCGACAGCUACCGUCGGCAAAGCAGGCAGGCACCGAGUAUGACGUCUGAGCUGACCGAGAGGGGUACCAACGGAAACAGUACGGGGCAUCGACGGCAAGACAGCUCUGAUGUCGACAGCACUUAUGGAGCAGUCUCUGGCGGAGCUGAUGGACGUAAUAGCACUGCGUUGGACAAUCUGGCAGAUGAGCUCGAGACCCUGCGCACCCAUUGGGAAGCCACCAACAAGAACUACCGUCUAAGCAACACUUUUGACUUUGAGGGCGCGGCGACCCCUACUCGCAAGGACGAAGAAGUCGGGCUGGGCCUCAGCGAAAGCCUGGCCGACUGGCGUAAGCGACUCGACGUGGACGAACAAACAGAGAGCGAUCGAGCGAAGACGAAAAGCCGACCUGACCGGCCUUAG